AUGUCGUCCCGCCAGCCCAGAUUCAACGACCAGGCCCUCAUCGACACCACCCCUCUGCCCGACGACAUCCCCAAGGUCAAGGAGCUCGGCGCCAGCUCUGCGCCCCUGCUCAGCGCCUCGUACUUCAUCGGCGCCCGGUGCAAGGCCUACAACGAUGACUACAUGAUGUGCAAGACCGAGGCCAACGGCCGGGGCGAGCUCGACUGCAUGAAGGAGGGCCGCAAGGUGACGCGGUGCGCCGCGAGCGUCAUCAAGGACCUCAACGAGCACUGCCUGGAGGAGUUCCGCAACCAUUGGAAGUGCCUGGACAACCAGAACCACCAGCUGUGGAACUGCCGGUCACAGGAGCGGAGGCUGAACAGCUGCGUGUUCGACAAGCUAAAAUUGGAGAAAGUGAUACCAGAUACGCCCAAGGGCGAGACACCCGUGCAUCUGCGGGGCCGCCAGAUCUUUUCGACCAACUGA